CGGGCCCCACGUGGGAGAAGCACCGGGUUCCAGCUGAUAUUAGUCCGAUGCUCAGCGCAGUGCUUGGCGCAUUGUAAGCCCUUAGCCAAUAUCCCGAUCGUUAUUUUUAUCCUCUCUCUCGGGAGCGAAGACCAGGAGCCUGAGCCAUGAACCUCACGGCUACCCGCCAUCACCUGAAACUGAGUGAUGGGAACUUCAUCCCGGUCAUCGGACUGGGCACCUAUAGCAGUCCAAAGCAAACCCCCAAGGGGACGUGCGCUCAGGCGGUGAAGGUGGCCAUCGAUGCUGGAUACCGCCACUUCGACGGGGCCCUCGUCUACUACAACGAGCACGAAGUGGGCCAGGCCAUUCGGGACAAGAUCAGGGAAGGCGUGGUGAAACGGGAAGACAUCUUCUACUGCGGCAAGCUAUGGAACACCUAUCAACAGCCGGAGCUGGUCCGCCGCGCCCUGGAGAAGACACUGAAGUGUCUCCAGUCGGACUACGUCGACCUCUACGUCAUCGAAACGCCCAUGACCUUCAAGCCUGGAGAUGAAUUUUAUCCGAAGCAUGAAAAUGGCCAUAUUAUCUAUCACAAGUCAGACCUGUGCGCCACUUGGGAGGCUCUGGAGGCCUGCAAGGACGCGGGGCUCGUGAGGUCGCUCGGGGUGUCCAACUUCAACCGCCGGCAGUUGGAGCUCAUCCUGAACAAACCCGGCCUCAAACACAAGCCGGUCGUCAACCAGGUCGAGUACCACCCGUACUUCACCCAGCCCAAACUGCUGGAAUUCUGCCGCAGUCACGGCAUCAUCCUCGUGGGUUACAGCCCCCUGGGCACCUCCCGGGACAAGUCCUGGGUCAGCCUCUCCUCCCCGCCGCUGUUGGAAGACCCGCUCCUGAUGUCCAUCAGCAGGAAGUAUGGGAAGACCGUGGCCCAGGUGGUUCUGCGCUUCAGUGUCCAGAAAGGGGUGGUGGUCAUCCCCAAGAGCUUCAGUGAGGCACGGAUCAGAGAGAACUUCCAGAUCUUCGACUUCUCUCUGACGGACGAAGAGAUGGAAGCCAUCGAGGCCCUGAAUAAGGGCGUCCGCUACGUGGACAUGCUGUUUUGGAGCGACCAUCCGGAGUACCCGUUCCAUGAUGAGUACUGAGGUGUCCAGGCCAGCCACGCCACCUCCGCCGCCAUCUCCCUUUGCCACUCUUUGGUCUCAGCUUCGCGUCAACCACAACCCCAGUUUUGGGGCAUGACCGUCCGGUGAGAGAUGACCUUAAAUCGCCGUCAGACCCCUAGCCAGCUCCCGGGUUGCCCUGGUCUUCCAGCCAGCCCCACUGCCCAUUUGGUUCCCGGUCUGCCUGAUGUCUGCCAUCGCGGAUCCGGAUGCUGUCCUCUGUCACCGUGGGAGGCCCAAGAUCUACUACCCCCCGGCCUCCCGGAUUGAGGCUGUGACCUCCCAGGGGUCACAGUCCGGGGGAAGCAGAGCGAUUCCCCUCCCUUAGAGAUGCUCUCCAAAUGAGAUUUCCCCGCCAAGCCCCCGUCUUGCCUCGGAUGGAGGCUGUGACCUCCCAGGGGUCACAAUCCCAGGGGAGCAGAGAGAUUCCCCUCCCUUAGAGAUGCUCUCCAAAUGCGAUUUCCCCGCCAAGCCCCCGUCUUGCCCCGUUGCUCCCUAUCCUGCUCACCCCACUUUUCCCAAAAAGAACCCCCUUGGUCAUCUUUCCUUCAUGUUCCCUGUUUCCAUCCCCUCCUUUUAUCUAUCAGUCAGUCAAUGAAUGGUAUUUUUCCAGUGAUCAUCGCACUAAGAGUUUGAGAGAGUACAACGGAGUGGGUAGUUAUGAUCCCUUCCUACCAGGAGCUUACAGUCUAGAGGAGACCGACGUUAGGAAAAAUAGUAGAGUAUAAGGAGAUGUACAUAAGUAG